ACAACAAGUAAACUAUCGUUAUGUAGUAUGAUUUUCAAUUGAGAAAUUAAUAUGUGAAAACUCUCGGUACAAAAGCCGCUCGCCGCGAGUAGAAAAAUCAGUUUUUUAAAUGUAGUAGUGAAAAAAAAUUGCCCCACAAAAAUAAGCUUCUGAAUCAAUAAAUGUAUUUUUAUCACCGAGCAUUUUCCCUUGCAUCUGGAUCUCCUUGAUCCAUCAUUAACCUCCCACUAAAUUAAAAGAUGAUCGUAAGGAAUAUUCUGCUGUGUGUGAGCCUACUGGCACUUGUUAUUGUAAUUGAGACCGAUGCUGUUAUCAAUAGUGUACCAUCAGAUCUCAAUGGACCACCUCCAUUGGAAACUGUGAAGAUGUGGGAUUUACUUUACUAUGACUUCCCACCGCACUGGCCAAGUUCCAAUCCAGAUUUCUACAAUCCUGAGCAAGUUGUCGCCACGGGACUAGAAGUAACACAUGAUAGGAUUUUUGUUGCAACUCCACGUCUCUUUUCCGGAGUUCCUGCCACCUUGAGCUCCAUAUCGCGCAUUGAUCAUGGGGACUCGCCAGCCUUAAGUGCUUAUCCUGAUUGGAGUCAUCACGCGGCAGGAACGAAGAGCUACAAUUGCAGUGAUAUUGGCCUUGUUUCUGUCUACCGAAUGAAGCUGGAUCGAUGCAAUCGCCUAUGGGCUCUCGAUGCGGGUGUUUCGCGCUCACUGGAAGAUUUUGAAGUUACCUGCCCACCAAAGAUUCUUGUCUACGACACCGAUACGGACAAUGUCGUUCGAAGGAUUGAUUUUCCUUCAGAAGUUGUUCGUGGAGAAUCUCUCUACACAAAUCUCAUUAUUGACGACACCACAGCCAAGAGAGAAAAUCACUGUGACGACGUCUUCGUUUAUAUAACAGACACUGUGGAGCCAGCAAUUGUUGUAUACGACAGUGGCAAUGAUGUGACAUGGAGACUUUCCCAUCCAUCUAUGUAUCCCGAUCCCGAUUUUGCUGAAUCCACCAUACAUGAGCACAAAUUCACGCUAAUGGAUGGAAUUGUGGGAAUUGCAUUUGAUCGUGAUGCCAACAUGAUCUACUACCAACCCCUGGCCACGGAUAGAUUGUUUUCUGUAUCAACAGCAGCCCUUCGUAGUGGACCACUUCAGUGGGGAAAGGAGCUUCCUGUUAAACUUGUGGGACAUAAGAGUUCUCAGGGUUUGGGUAUUGCAUGUGCACCCAAAGGAGGAACCAUCUUCUUUAGUCCCUUCAGUGCAACUGCCAUUGGAGAGUGGAAUCCACUGAGCAAUUACCAAAACGUUGUUGCCCAUGAUGCCGAACGUCUUCAGUUCGUAGCAGACCUCAUGGCACCAUCCCGUGAUCCUGGAACACUCUACAUCCUCUCUUCCAAAUUCCACAGAUUCUUCCUCAAGAAUCUCGACUCUAGCGAAGUCAAUACGCGGAUAUUGAGAAUUCGCGGAGUAGUGUAUGAAUCCCCUGAUGAUGCAGAGAUCCUUCCUCUUGUCCAGCAAACUAUCCCUGUGCUUGCCACGACAAGUCCUCCCUUCAAGCCUAGAGUUCCGGGAUUUAAAAAUACCUUUGUGCUCAACCAUCCACUCACUCCAGCUCACCCUGGACGGCCAACAUCCUACAUUGAACGCUAUUUCGGAAGAUCCCAUCUUGAAACACCAUACAACUAUGAACCCGUGGGGGUGAUUAACAAACAAGUAUCGAGUCCAUUUGCCAGACUCAAUAUGGGAGAAAAACCACGACCAUCAUCUAUCCCAGCACCCAGCUCCGUCCAAGAGCUCCACAAAUUCGAUGGUGGGAAUGUGCUUUACACCACUAAGAUUGAGCACCACAGAGGUCCACCAUCGAGAGAUUACCGCGGUUACAGAUACACCCGACACUCCAAUCGCCAAGUUCUCUACAACAGUACUGUCCUCCGUGUCGUUGACAUUCAAACGGGUCAAGAAAUUUUACGCGGCAUUUUCAAUGUGUUUGCGGGAAAGUACCCAAUGGGUUUAACAUUUAUAAAUAUGAUGCCGAUUGGGAGGACGAUGCAUAAAUUUAUUAGCCUGUGCCUUGUAAUAGCACCGGUAUUGGGGCAGGUUUCGAAUUUGAAGAGCGUGGCAGAAUGGCGUGAUUUAGAAUAUGAAUUUCCAUCUGCUCAGCUUAGAGAAAAUGCAAUUGUCCAAGGAAAAUAUGUUGUAGGAAAUGGUGUACCCAUUGAUGUGGAUGUAGCUUAUCGCCAAAGUGGUGGAUCACUGAUCUUUGUGACGGUUCCACGCUUCGUGGAGGGUAUUCCCAUCACCUUGGGUACCAUCACCGGCAUGUCGACAUCCAAUGGGCCCAUGAUUCGUGCAUAUCCGGACUAUUCAUGGCAGAGUUCUCAUGGCAAGGACUGCAACGGCAUCACGUCCGUAUUUCGUGUAUUUGUGGACAAAUGCAAAAGACUCUGGGUACUAGACACGGGCAAGAUAGGCGACAAUCAAUUGUGCCAGCCUCAAAUUCUCGUCUUUGAUGUCAUGACUGAUCAGCUUAUUCAGCGCUAUCGUAUUCCAAAGGAUCAAUUCCUUGCCAAUUCGCUUCUUGUAACGAUCAUGGUUGACGUGAGAAAUGCACCACCAUUGGGUAGAUGUGAUCAGACGAUGGCCUACGUUACGGAUGUUACGGGAUUCGGUCUUAUUGUGUACGAUUAUAAGCGCCAUCGAUCGUGGAGGGUGCAGAAUAAACUCUUCUUCCCACAUCCAAAGUAUGGGACAUUUAACAUCAAGGGUGAUUCCUUUGAUCUCAUGGAUGGUGCUCUCGGUCUCGCUAUUUCUCCACAAGUCAUGAGAACUGCUAGGGGAGGCUAUGGACUUUUCUAUCCAGCCUAUGAUACACAGAAUGAUAUUCUUCCGCAAACAGAGCGUCUUCUCUUCUUCCAUGCCUUGGCUUCGGCUACUGAAAAUGCUGUACCGCUCUCCUUGAUUGAUAAUGCAACCAUUUGGCAGAAUAAUCCUGAUGAUAUGCCAAGAAGUUUUAGGGAAAUUGGACAUAGAGGAACUCAGAGUGCGGCUGAAGCCACGGAUGGGAAUGGAAAUCUCUUUUUUGGCCUCAUGAACCCAAUUGCCAUUGCCUGUUGGGAUACAAAUACCGAAUAUAACAAGAGGAACAUCAAGAUUGUGGCCCAAAAUGAUCAAACCCUUCAAUUUGCAAGUGGAUUGAAAAUUGUUUUGAAUGGACGUGGGGAAGAGGAGUUGUGGGUGUUGACAAGCAGCUUCCAGAAGACAAUGGCUGGCACAAGAAAUUUCCGUGAAAUUAAUUUCCGCAUUCAGGCUUUGCAAGUUCAUCAACUAUUGGGCGGUACCAGAUGCUCAGGAAAGGACACCAGUGGCUUUACAUUCCCAGAUUUCUGAAUAUCAUUUCCAUCCUUGCGCAAGUGAUUGCGUUUCUGCAUUUAUUUUCUCAUAGUGCCAGCAAAAUGUCAAUGAAAGUUAAUUGUUUAUAAAAAAAAAUAAUAAAGAGAUUUCCCAAAGAGUGGACGGUUCAUGAUAAGAUAAAA